UAUUGGUACAGUUUGUCCUGAAUGGAGGCAGCAUGAGGAAACCCAGGUCUAAGCAUUGACAGUUGCGGCCGGAGAUAUUAUGAGCUCCUGCUUCAGGUGUCAGUUUCACGAAGUAGCCAGUUUGUUCGUUGUUUACCCGCCGAGGCUUUUCCACUCAAGUGCAUUGAAGCCAUGCAGAGACUGAGGUGUUUCAAAAGUUUCUGGCAGUUGUUCAGGUCAAGCUGUGAGGGAGCAGCUAAACAAGCGAACAGCUCAAGAAGCUACAGCCACGGCCCCAGCUCUUUUGGGCUCCUCUUUGACAUAGAUGGGGUCCUGGUCCGAGGUAAGACCCUGAUCCCAGGAGCCAAGGAGUGCUUCAGAAACCUGGUGGACCGCAAUGGGAAGUACAAGGUUCCUGUGGUGUUUGUCACAAAUGCAGGAAACUGCAUGAGGCAAACUAAAGCUGAGCAUCUGUCUCAUCUGCUCCAAGUGGAGGUGUCUCCAGACCAGGUGAUGCUAUCCCACAGUCCUCUGCGAAUGUUUACCCAGUUUCAAAAAAAGUGCGUGCUGGUCUCGGGCCAGGGUCCUGUUGAGGAGGUGGCUCACAAUCUGGGGUUUGAGAACGUGGUUACCAUAGACAUGCUCAGAGAGGCGUACCCUGUCCUGGAUUUUGUGGACCACAACAGAAGGCCCAAAGACUUUAUUCCACCCUCCAAGGGCUUACGGCCAAUAGAUGCUGUAAUUUUAUUUGGUGAGCCAAUCAGAUGGGAGACCAACUUUCAGCUCAUCAUUGACGUUCUCCUAACCAACGGAGACCCAGGUAAAACAUGGAUCUCGACCCAGUAUCCUCACAUCCCGGUCCUGGCUUGCAAUAUGGACCUGCUGUGGAUGGCAGAGGCAAAAAAUCCAAGAUUUGGACAUGGCAUGUUCCUGGUUUGCUUAGAGAACUUGUACAAAAAGGUCACAGGUUAUGAUCUGAAGUAUGAGGCUUUGAUUGGUAAACCAAGUGUGGUGACUUAUAACUACGCCGAGCUGCUGAUCAGACAGCAGGCCGAGAAACUUGGCUGGAACAUACCUGUGAAGACGCUUUAUGCUAUAGGGGACAACCCCAUGUCCGACGUAUAUGGAGCCAACCUCUACAAUCGCUACCUUCAGGCCUCUCAGCGUACCAGAGCCAAAGUGCAAGCCAAGAGCUGCGGAGGAGGAGCAGAUCACACCGCUGAAGCUGUCGACGACCACCGUAAAAUGACAGCAGCAGAAAUGGGCAGCUCAACUGCAGCCUAUGUGUCGGAUGAGGACCUCCCCGAGACUUGCAGCUCCAUCCUGGUAUGCACAGGAGUGUACAGCAGAGAGCAGCAGGAGCUGCCUUCAGACCCGGCGCAGACAGUUACCGAGCAGCACAUCUUCCACGGCCACAGGGACUUCCGCUUUGACCCCAGCCUCACACAGCCCUCCUUCGUGGUGCAGGAUGUGAAAGAGGCAGUGGAACUGGUUUUCCGCCAAGAAGGCUGGCCUCUUGAGUAGUACAAGCACCAAGACAUAUUCAGAUGGAUUCUCUUUUUUAAAGUUUUCUUAUUAAUCCUGGCUAUUACUGAGUAAUAGAUUCAAAUUAGCUGCAAAAUGUGCAGUUAUCACAGUUAUAGUAUGAAGGCUCCCAAAGUCUACAUGCCCAUGUUAAAACGCCAGGUUUUAUGAUCAUUUCAAAACCUUUUCCACCGUUAAUGCGACACAUUUCAUGCAUGGAUUUGUUUCUAUCCUGAAACACAAAUCUGUUGGAAGGGAAAAAAAUAUAAAAAGAUGCAAUAACUUUGCUGCAUAAUUGUCCACAACCUUUGUUGAAGCACCUUUUGCUCUAAUUCAGUAUUCAGGCUUUGUUGUUUGGAAUCAGCAUACUACAUCUGGACUUGAUAUUAUUUGCUCUGCCUUCCAAACGUUCUCCAGAACCCUCAGAGUGGGACGACAUCAAUUUUCCACAGCCCACUUCAGGUGACCUUGAAGAUAUUGGGUUCUGGACUCUGGCUAGGGUUUCCCAAAACGUUAUAUUUCCCUCUCAUUAAGUCCUUAUGUUUAUUUAGAUGUUUGCUUGAAUAAGGGGUAAAUCCAACUCCAGUGCACAACAGCCAUCAUCCUGCAACUUUUAGAAACAUCCCAGGUCCAACACACCUAAGCCAAAUUAAUGGCUCAUUAACCAGUCUCUGUGCAAUUUGAGGACGUGCUGAGGAGGUAAUUAACUAUUGGAAAAAAAGUGCAGGAAAGUGUCUCUUGAGGACUGGAGUCAGAGACCCCUGGCUUGGGCUCACUGUGAUGCUGGAAGAUUAAAUAUCUUUUUAUUUAACUAUCAUCAUACAUCUCACUGGUAUGAGGAAGUAAUCAGACCUUCAUCCACCUUGACGAAAAACCUCAGUUCCAUCAGAAGAAAAGAAUCUGUCAAUCUCAUUUUUUCAUCGAUUCUGGUGAAAGGUCCAUUAGAUCGUUUGUAACCUGUCUGCAAACUAUGCCUUUAGGUAAAGGAUGCAAAUGUCAGAAGAAUCCAAAUAGGACAGCAGAACUGCAUUUUAAGUUAAUCGCAUUCACUAUAAUUGAUGGCAGGGGUUAACUUAAGAAGACUAAAUGCUGAAAAGGUGUUCGUUUAAAGGUGUACAUACUUAUGUUACCAGGUUAUUGCAGCUUGCUUUAUAUUUGUUCUCUAAUUUUUUAUUUUUUUUUGGUGUUGAAAUGUGGAGGAAAGAUUUUAUAUCCACAAAAUGUUUUGGAAUUAUUAAUCAAUGUUUUCACAUCACUAAAGCUUUGUAUUUUAAGGACUGUAAACUUCUGAGAGCCACAGUCUAACAUACAGGGUCACCUACCAGAUAUUAAAGUUUUUUUUUAAUCUCUUUUAAAGCACACAACAUUUUAGGUUCUAUGUAGUGUGGCUUAUUUUGAUGUUUGUAUUCUUUAGCUUUUUUUUAAUUCCUCCCUAUGUGUGUGUUUGUGUAAUUAUAAUGUCUAUUAAGGCUUACAUCAAACCCUUCAUCUGUGCAGUUUUAAUGCUCUAUGGUGAAAAGCAUGUAUUGAAAUUGAGAGGAAAUUUUUUUAAAAUAUAAAUCAUCCUUUUGUUAUCUUAAAAUGUGUCGGCUGGUAAAUUCCAGCCUGAUCUGUUUUUAAGUAAGGGUUAAACCGCUCAUGCUCAGGAGAUUAAGUUGCCAAUUUCUGGUUUAGACCUUAAAGGAUGAAGUUUUUUGAUUUUACUUUUUAGUUAAUUUUUAAAUGUUUCUGUAAAGUUGACAGAAUUGCACUGUAGGAAUCUGUAUUGAAAAUGAGGUGUGUUAAUGUUUAGUAGAUUUAAUGACCUGUAGCACCAGUGAAAGUUUUUUCUAUCUGUAAUUAAGAUUUCAAGGCGAUGGAAACUUGCAGGUCGAUACUUUGGAACUCUGGUAAUGUACUGUAAAAGCAAUAUUUUGAAAAGGAAUAAUUAAAAAGAGGAAAGAAGCUAAA